CGCCUUGACGAACACUUCUUGAACGUCUUCCAUUCGAUUCGAAAGUAACGUGUUAUAACGUGCCAUUAUAACGUAUUAUAAUAAUAAUAUAAUAGAUUAGUCUCUGUUAAUAAUUUAGUAAUUUUCUACGUUAAAGUGAACGAAAAAAAAUGGCAUCAGGAAAACUAGCUCUUCUAAGUGUCUCAGACAAGACCAACUUACUUCCACUUAGUAAAAAAUUACAUGAAAUAGGCUUAACUUUAAUAGCAUCUGGUGGUACUGCUAAAUCAUUGAGAGAAGCUGGACUUCCAGUUAAAGAUGUUUCCGAUAUAACUGGAGCACCAGAAAUGCUUGAAGGCCGUGUAAAAACUCUUCAUCCAGCUGUUCAUGCUGGUAUAUUGGCUAGACUUACAGAAUCUGAUCAAAGAGAUCUUGAAAAGCAAAAUUAUGACCUUAUUCGUAUAGUAGUAUGCAAUUUGUAUCCUUUUGUAAAAACUAUAUCAAAGCCUGAUGUAAAAAUUGAUGAUGCCAUAGAAAAUAUUGAUAUUGGAGGUGUUACUCUAUUACGUGCAGCAGCAAAAAAUCAUUCUAGAGUUACAGUUGUUUGUGAUCCAAAUGAUUAUGAAAAAGUGAUUAAAGAAUUAGAAACAUCUUCUGACAAGGACACAUCCAUUCAAACCAGACAAAUGUUAGCUCUGAAAGCAUUUACACAUACUGCAGAGUAUGAUAAUGCAAUCUCAGAUUUUUUCCGUAAACAAUAUAGUGCUGGUAUUUCACAACUUACUCUUAGAUACGGAAUGAAUCCUCAUCAGAAACCAGCACAAAUAUUUACAACUUUGGAUAAAUUACCAUUAACAGUUGUUAAUGGUUCUCCAGGUUUCAUUAAUCUAUGUGAUGCGCUAAAUGGUUAUCAAUUAGUGAAAGAAUUAAAAACUGCUUUGAAAUUGCCAGCUGCAACAUCUUUCAAACACGUUAGCCCAGCAGGUGCAGCAGUUGGUGUUUCAUUGAAUGAUGUACAAGCAAAAUUAUGUCAAGUAGAUGAUCUUAUUAAUCAGUUAACACCUUUAUCUAUUGCUUAUGCUCGAGCAAGAGGAGCAGAUAGAAUGUCUAGUUUUGGUGAUUUUGUGGCAUUAUCUGAUUCAUGUGAUAUUGCAACCGCUAAAAUUAUUUCAAGGGAAGUUUCUGAUGGUAUAAUUGCUCCUGGUUAUUCAGAAGAAGCUCUUCAAAUUUUAAAGAAAAAAAAAAAUGGUAGCUAUUGUAUAUUACAAAUUGAUCCAACGUAUGAACCAUCUCUAAUGGAACAUAAAGUUCUUUUUGGACUUACAAUGGAACAAAGGCGUAAUGAUGCAAUUAUUAAUAAUCAAACUUUCCAAAAUAUUGUUUCUAAUGCAAAAGAAAUACCAGAGACAGCUAUGCGAGACUUAAUUGUGGCAACUAUAGCUGUAAAAUAUACUCAAAGUAAUUCAGUAUGCUAUGCAAAAGAUGGACAAAUUAUUGGAAUUGGUGCAGGUCAACAGUCGAGAAUUCAUUGUACACGAUUAGCUGGAGAUAAAGCCGAUAAUUGGUGGCUCCGACAGCAUCCUAAAGUAGUUGGUAUGAAAUUCAAGAAAGGUAUAAAAAGAGCUGAAAUUUCUAAUGCUAUUGACAAUUACGUCAAUGGAUCUAUUGGAAAAGACAUGGACGAAUCCACUUGGGCAGCUAUGUAUGAAGAAGUUCCUGAGAAACUCUCUGAAGAUGAUAAAAAAGAAUGGAUUAAAAAACUAAGCGACGUUGCUGUUAGUAGUGAUGCUUUCUUUCCAUUUAGAGAUAAUGUGGACAGAGCUAGACUGAGUGGAGUUACUUAUAUCGCUAGUCCUGCUGGUUCUACUAACGAUGAAGUGGUAAUUCAAGCAUGUAAUGAACACAAAAUUGUAUUGUGCCAUACAAACCUGAGAUUAUUUCAUCAUUAAUAUGAUGAGCCAUGAUGAGCCAUGUUUGGGCCAUGUUUAUACUAUGUUAGGCCAUGUUAAAAUGAUUUCUUUUGCAUUAUUGCAUAAAUAUAUAUACAAUUGCAUACAUAUGCAAAAUACAAUUGCAAAAAUAUGCAUACAAUUAUUUGAAAAAUUAAAUACAUUAGCCUUUAAAUAAGUGUUAAUCUAAGAUUGUGGUUAAAGUUUUAUAUUACUCAUAACAAAAAAAAAAUAUUUUUAUAUUCACAUUAAUACAUAUAAAAACAUAUUUCUAUAAACGAUUAAGCAUACAAGAUUUGUUAAGAAACUUAAUAAAAAAAAUCUAACAUAAAAAAUCUGUUGUACAUGAAUUAUAUUUUGUUCUAGAAAUUAAACUACUGUAUGUUUUCUUGGAUUUCAAGGUUCCUUCUCAUUCUUCAAAACAUGAAGAUUAUCUUAUGAUAACAGAUAGGCAAUAUCGGCAUGAGCAGCUAAAAAUAUAGAGAGCGCUACUCUCGUCUUUACACUUUUAACAUCCGAGUAUAUAUUAUUAUUAUUAUUAUUAUUAUUAUUAUUAUUAUUAUUAUUAUUAUUACUAUUAUUAUUAUUAUUAUUAUUAUUACUAUUAUUAUUAUUAUUAUUAUAAAAAUAAAAUAAUUUCUAAAGAACAAUGAAUAAUUAUUAUCAAGAUGAAACAUUCGACUAAACAGGAUUCAUUUGAAUAAUACAGCUGUUUAUCAACCCAGAUUUUAUAAUGGUCCCACCACAUGGAGGUUGCUGCAUAUGGAGACCCACGGGCUAAAGACUCUACUGUUAAUAUCAAUUAUUUUGGAAUUAUAUAAAAUUAAUUCUAUAAUAUCAUUAUUAUAACAUAUUCAAUAAUAAUUAUUAUAAUUUGGAAAAAGAAAGAAAAAAUAAUCACGAAACGAAUUACAAAUUUUUUUCUAAUCAAUCAUAAUUAGAUGAAAAUUUAUGAAUUCGUUUGAUAUCGACCUACAUACCCGGUAAAAAAUAGAACCCUUCAUAUGGAAUUCUAUUCCCAUUAAACUAAAGUAGACAUACGCAUAGUCUAUAUACCUUAUAUAAAAAUUAUGCAUUUUAUUCAAUAUUAUUUCAUAAUAAGGAUAUAUAAUAUUAUAUAGAUAUCAUCUUAUUAUCUAUAACACAACAAAAAUAAUUUAAUCUUUUGUAAAAUUAAUGAUUGACCAAUUUAUUUCUUUUUUGUUGCAUUACAUAUAUUAUAUUAUCAUCUAACACAUAAUUCUAUACACUAUUUCUUCAUAAAAUGUAAACAGCAUAGGUAUUUGUGAACAUAAAACAUCUAAAUAAUAUGCGAAACAACCAAAAUAAUAUGUGAAUUUCAUAUAAUAAAACAGCAGUCACCUGUGAACAGAAAACAUCUGAACAAUUUUAUAAUUAAAUAAGAAGCAAUUAAAAUAAUAUGCAAAUUUCAUAUAAUAAAUCAGCAGUCACCUGAGAACAUAAAACAUCAAAAACAUUUUAUAAUUAAACAAGAAGCAAUUAAGAUAAUAUGCGAAUUUCAUAUAAUAAAACAGCAGUCACCUGUGAACAGAAAACAUCUAAACAAUUUUAUAAUUAAAUAAGAAGCAAUUAAAAUAAUAUGCAAAUUUCAUAUAAUAAAUCAGCAGUCACCUGAGAACAUAAAACAUCAAAAACAUUUUAUAAUUAAACAAGAAGCAAUUAAAAUAAUAUGAAAAUUUUAUAUAAUGAACAAACAAUCUAUUGACAUAAGAAAUUUAUAAUUUUAUUACUUUCUGGAAAUAAAAAAUAUAUUAAAAUAAGAAUUAUUUUAUACGCACAUACACAACACAAACGAAAAAAUCACCAACGAAGUGUCGAAUCGGAUCUUGACAAUUUAGAUGAUAUUUCCUGAAACAGAAAUCGACUCUGUCUAGAUUGAUUAAAAUUUUUUUGAAUAUUUUAAAUAAAUAAGAAAAAAAAUUUUCAAAUAA